CAAAGCAGCCAUGCAAGGUUGACAGCUAUCAAGAGGGGGGCUAUACACGCACGACUGAGUUGAUCUGUUAUAAACAUUACUGACUAGUACGCUUCGUGUUCGAUUAUGGCUAGCGACAGCUCYGAGAAAGCAAAAGAGGCAGCUGCUAAUASUGAUAGAAAGCUGGUUCUGUYUGUAGGCUUCGUGAAUAUGCUUUGCCUCGUCGGGUUUGGCUACUGGCUUAACACAACAUCCCUUCCGACUCCAGACUUGCCAACAACGGCUGAUCGACUUGCUUUUGCCUUGAAAUGGCAAUCGYUAUCUGUUUUGACGGUURUAGCAGGAAUCAUAUGGGUUGGUAACACAAGAUUUCKCACUCCAGCUAUAAACCCGUUAGAUCCAGCAGGGAAAAAAUACGUGGAGAUUCCUGUGAGAUACCUAAGCAACACAACAGAGCARUUCUUGAUGCAUUUUGUUGCUUGUUUGACCCUCGCCGUCCAUCUGCCGCCCAACAAGAUGAUGGCAUUGCCUUUGYUGACUGCUUGGUUUGUAGUAGCUCGAAUUGUCUUUGCAAUUGGGUAUUCWAUCCGUCCCAUCUUCAGAUCUCCUGGAUUCUCAUUUACAUUCUCGCCAACAGUUGUCUCUCUUGUUUACUGCAAUUAUUGCUUGUAUGUGGAAUAUCUGAAGUGAAUAGACAGGCUAUGCAAAUACCGUACACUGACAACCACACUUGGCUGAAUACAGACGAGAAAGACUACUUCACAUUUGACUUAUCGUAUAUCAAUAGUCGGCUCAACCGAUAGAUCGAUAAACUGAAAAACUUUUAGAGAAAAACUGACGCUUUUAGAGCGCUUACUCGAGUUGCAACAUAGAACAUUCAUGUCAUAAACUAAAGACAUUCAUUUCAGAAGACUCAGGACUUUAUAUAGUAACAGAUCUAGAGSCUUUGCUAUAACAAAUAUUUCCACUUCUUUCAAAAAUCCCGAAAAUCCAUUUUGAGUUUUCUUUGCAAAAUGCAAGUAUUUUUUUCUGUAAGGAGUAUAUUUUUUGAAAGUAUAAAGGCAUAUGCUUUGUAUAAGAACAUGAAGUUGUCAUGUUAUGUCGAAUAAGAUUUUUGGCUUCUCUCUAACAAGUUUUUUUCAGCGAGUUUCCCAUGAUUCAAGAAACCUUUUGUACAAGUUUAUUUCCAAUCAUAGUUUGUYAUCUUUARUUUGUGAGAUUUCUACCAAACUUUUUCAUACAGCUUGGUUGUAUUGCACUAUUUAAGACAUUAAUUCAGA